UUCACCUUUAACAAGGAGAACAUGCCUCAAGGCUUGAGUGUGGAACAUGUUUGUAAUGAGCUGAGGCACUGGUACCUGCUUAAGAACCUCACGGCAGAGUAUGCUGUGUCCAUCACCUGUGAGCUAGCUUCAUCAGCCAGCAACGAGAUUCACGUCAGCAUUUCCACAGAAGAGCCCAGGUCGGAGAGGAGUCCUAUUAAAGACAUUACGGUUCAAAUAUUUGACUUGGUGAGCAAGCACAAUGGUAACAGCACCAUCAUCAAAGCCAUCACCGGCGUACGAGUUCACCAGACACCAAGCCCCAAAAUUGGUAAGCAGCUCUCCAUCACACUGGACAUUGGGUCCAUCUUUGCUAAAAAGUAGUCGAAAAUCAAAGUAUUAAGGUUUCCACAGUCAGGGCCAGUCGUAUUAAAAUGUAUGUCCUUGGUCUGUCUUGCCUGAGCAAUGUUUUACUGUCAAAAGAAGCUUUAAGUCAUUGAAGCCAUGGAAUGUUACAUCAACUCUGCCAGUUGGAUGGAACUUCAAUUAGACAUCAGGGCCCUCUUUA